CAUUAAAGUCCCGCUCUUUCCAUUUUCUCUCACUUGGAACUCAAACAAAGAUCUAUUCUUUCCAUUUUCUCUGUCGAUUAUUUAUUCUGUUUUGGAUCAAAUGUUACAAGACCAGGCGACGAGCUCCCUUGCCGCGAGCUCUCUGCCUUCCAGUAGCGAGAGGUCGUCCAGCUCUGCAUUCCAGCUCGAAGUUAAAGAAGGCAUGGAAAGUGAUGAGGAGAUCAGGAGAGUGCCGGAGAUUGGCGGCGAGUCGGCUGGAGCAUCCGGAGCUUCGGUCUCUGGCAGGGAAGCCGGUUCGGUAGCUGGUCCAGACCGGGUCCAAGUGGCAGGUGAGAGCCAGAGAAAGAGGGGAAGAAACCCAGCUGAUAAGGAGAGCAAGAGGUUGAAGAGGUUGUUAAGGAACAGAGUUUCGGCUCAGCAAGCAAGGGAGAGGAAGAAGGCAUACUUGAGUGACUUGGAAGUUAGAGUGAAAGACUUGGAGCAAAAGAAUUCCGAGCUUGAUGAGAAGCUCUCUACUUCGCAGAAUGAGAAUCAGAUGCUUAGACAUAUAUUGAAGAACACAACAGCAAGCCGGCGAGGAGGUAACGGUGUGAAUGCUGAGGGGUCCUAAUGAGAUAGGGUGUGAUAGGAGGGAUUGAGAGGAUGCAAGGAUACAGCUACCGAGAUGAACAUAUGGGAGGCAAUACAACUCUUAACAUGCUAAGCUGAAACCUAUCGCUAGAGGCCUUUGCAUGCUUAAUUUUAGAUUAGCAUUUCCUUUUAAGUUAUCUUCACUAGCUAGUGUUGCUUCAUUUGCUUGCCACUUUCUUGUUCUUCCUAAAUGCACUUUUUUUUUUUGCCAAUUUUGGGGACAAAUAUGUGCAGAUAUUACAAAAAAAUCUAAGACACAUCGUGCA